AUGGUAAGCCUGAAGUAUCUCGCUCUCCUGGCUUUGCUCUUUUCCAUCUCCCUCGCUGUUUUUGCCGACACAUCCAACAACGAUGCCACAAAAGCUAAGGAUGAAGUGAAGCCAAGUGAAGCAACCGAUGUAAUAGAGCCAGAACAACGUGGAGGUGGUGGAGGGGGUGGAGGUGGUGGUGGCGGCGGUGGCCGCUGUAGGUACGGAUGUUGCGGAUCCUGGCGUUAUGGGCGGUGCACCUAUUGCUGCAGACAACCCCAGGCUGCGGAAGCCGAAACUGAGGCCAAGGACGUUGUUGUAGAGCCAGAAACCAAGGACGUUGUUGUAGAGCCAGAAACCGAGGCCAAUGACGUUGUAGUAGAGCCAGAACAACGUGGAGGUGGCGGAGGGGGUGGAGGUGGCGGUGGCCGAUGUAGGUACGGAUGUUGCGGAUCCUGGCGUUAUGGGCGGUGCACCUAUUGCUGCAGACAACCCCAGGCUGCGGAAGCCGAAACUGAGGCCAAGGACGUUGUUGUAGAGACAGAAACCGAGGCCAAGGACGUUGUAGUAGAGCCAGAACAACGUGGAGGUGGAGGAAGGGGUGGGGGUGGCGGUGGCCGCUGUAGGUACGGAUGUUGCGGAUCCUGGCGUUAUGGGCGGUGCACCUAUUGCUGCAGACAACCCCAGGCUGCGGAAGCCGAAACUGAGGCCAAGGACGUUGUUGUAGAGACAGAAACCGAGGCCAAGGACGUUGUAGUAGAGCCAGAACAACGUGGAGGUGGAGGAAGGGGUGGGGGUGGCGGUGGCCGCUGUAGGUACGGAUGUUGCGGAUCCUGGCGUUAUGGGCGGUGCACCUAUUGCUGCAGACAACCCCAGGCUGCGGAAGUCGAGACCGAGGCCAAAGACGUUGUUGUAGAGCCAGAACAACGUGGGGGUGGUGGCGGUGGCCGUGGCCGCUGUAGGUAUGGAUGUUGCGGACCCUGGCGUUAUGGGCGGUGCAGCUAUUGCUGCAGACAACCCCAGGCUGCGGAAGCCGAAACGGAGGCCAAGGACGUUGUUGUAGAGCCCCAGCAAGGAUGGUGGGGUGGUUGUAGGUUCGGAUGUUGCGGUGGCUAUUUCUUUGGACGGUGCAAUUUCUGUUGCCUCCAACCACAAGCCGUGGAGGCUGUCGGGGCCCAAGCUGUUGAGCCUCAGCAAAGAGGUCGUCGUCCUGGAUGUAGGUUCGGUUGCUGUGGAAGCUACGCUUAUGGCCAGUGCAGUGCUUGUUGUACACAGAAGAUGGCUACUGACGAAGAGAAGAAGAAGGAAUCUUCUACUGACGCAGAGAAUAAGAAGGAAGAAGCUAAGCCAUGA